AUGUUAUUGUCACUUGCUUACAAAGCUCAGAUCCCGUUACCACCAGUCAUUCUUAAAGCUUUCACCUGCGCAAAUGAUUUUGUCAAACUUCGAUUUACUAGACAACCGAAGGAGAAGCGGUUAUUUUCACUUCUGGUGAGUUCAUUCCAUGACUUCUGUUGCGUGACUAAGCGUCGUGAAGCUUACCGGGCUCUAGACGCUGGUGUGAUACUGAACAUCAUUUCGGAUUACUGUAACAUAAUGGGAGAACUGGAACAGCAGUUUAUCUCGCUUCAUUCACAAUUUGCUAUGGUUAUCAGUCCGUUGGGAAUAGUUGCCAACGCUCUUGUAAAUAACUCGCUUCCGAGCAAAAGGCAAUUAUGUUAUGCUAUGGGCGAAACAAGCAAAGCCAACCGUGCUCGAAUGGCAUCAGAACAUUCUUCACUUGAACCUGUAAGAGAGACUACACCGCUUACCAACGGUGGGCCAAAACUCAAAAAAGCCACCGUACCAGUACCGAAUCCAAGACGCCUUGUAUUUCGUGAACAGCUGCCGUCAAAUUUCAUCGGCUUCACAGUAUUUAGUAUUAAAAACAACGAGAACAAUGCCCAGAUCCGGACAGUACAACAUCGAGAGCUAUUGCCGAAGAAUUUGCGAGCUAAAAUCUCGGCCAUCAAUUUCACCGGAUUUUGA